AUGGACUUGUCGUCGAUGCUGAACGAUGGGCCGGCGGAGGAGAGGAGGAGCGCGGCGCCCCAGGCAUCGCCGCCUGCAAGAGGACACACUAUCGAUCAUGCGCCAUCAACGUCCGCAAGCCAAGCGCGAAACCGGGGCCUGACACCACUUCAGACGCCCUCGCAGACACCAGGCGGCUCCCAAUAUCCCUUUCCAGGGCCGCCUCAAGCACAACAACAGCUACAUCAGCAUCCAGCGCAAAGUCCCAUCUCAGGCCCCUCUUAUCGCCCAUACGAUGCCUACACUGCCACGACGCCCGGAGCACGCCCGACUAGUCAGAACUACCAUUUUGCUCAGCCGUCACCCUCGCAGUAUCAACAGCCGGGCCUACAUGCGCAGCACACCAUGUCCAUGUCUCCCACUCCGCCGUCCCAUCACAGUCAUACGCCGCAUUCGGUACGCCAAAGUCCAAUGGCAACGGCAAUGGGACAACCACCACCUCAGCAGCAACAGGCUUACCCUUCCUCCUUUCAUCGCUCGCAGCCCUCCACGCCGCUUGGGCCCCCGCCGCCCUUGACGGGACGCCAUUCCAAUCAGCUAGACAUGUCCAGUCCAUACCAUCAGCGGACUUAUUCUGGUGCCUCGAACGGAAUGGUUACUGGCUCUCCUGCCCAGCACAACCUCAGCAUUGGAAGCCUUGUCGAAUCUCCCAGCGCAAACUAUCAUAGGCCUUCGUCAGCCAGACGUAGCACAAGCGAUUACAUGAGUUCGGCGGAGCGUGAACGCAGUUUAUCCGUUAGUCCCAAGACAAAAGUACCAGCGCGUCAACCAUCGAGCGGAUCGCGACACAGCAGCCAGCAGGAAAGCUAUAGCGCGCGAAGCUCCAUGCAACCCAGUGCGAGUGUGGCGUCCCAGAUGGGUACACCAGUUCGUGUGCCAGCGGUUGCUCCGAACUACGCACAGCCUCCGGUCAAUUCCGGAGUUGAAGACUCUUUGUCCGCGAGAAACGGCGUACCGAAUAAUUACAAUCAUUCGCAACCUCCUCCACUUCAGCACCAACCUCAGAAGAUGGACAUGCAUCACUUGCUAAGUCCGACUGAACACGAGCCAAGUCCGCGUACAAUGCACCAAAAUCUUCCCCCUUCUCAACAUCAGCAACCACCACCACCACCACCACAAAAUCACACAUCAUCUGUCCCAGCAUCUACAAAUCAGAAACCACAGCAGCURGCAGAUUCACUUCCAAAUGCACCAAUGAAGAGACCUGCAGUAUCGCCACCUGCCGCGGAGCCUCCAUCAAAGCGAGGUCGCCGCAAGUAUCUCGAACGUCCGAUUUGGGCCCAUCUCCACCCCAGCAACCCGCGUGCAAAGGAAUUCGAUGCUGUMCCCAACAGUGCCCAGCAGGCGGUUCCCGCAAAUGCAACACGCACUCCACAACCUCAAUCGCAACCGCAAUCGCAGAUGCAUCUGCAGCCGCAGCCGCAGCAGAAUGGACCACAACCUGCACACUUGAACGGCAACGUUCAUGGCCCACUUGACAACGAUCUCAUCCUCGCCAGGCGCGUGUUGGAUCCCAAUUGGGAGAGGUCGAUGGACGGCAAGGUUCCGAUCACUUCUCUGGUGAAACAAGUCAUGGACUGGCUGUAUGUGAACCUCAGCGAGAACGCAGACAUCGGACUGGAUCCGCGGGAAGGCGCCAUUGAAAUCGAAGCCAAGAUAGGCACUUUAAUCGAUAAGCAGACCGGCGAUAGAAUGGCGCUUCCAGUCACUUCCGCAACAGUGCUUGACCCGAGGGUCAAUGAGAGGUUUCAAUUUGAGAGUCAAAUGCUCGAGGCGGCGCACAAGAAGAUGAAUGAGUUUCUCAAUAGACUCACCAAAGAUGCCGCAACCAUUCCAGGCCGAAAGAAGAUUGACUACACCCACACCCGCGAAACCGACUCUUUCCGCACUCUCAACGACGCUGGAUUGAAACUUAUGCCCGAGGCCUUGAUGAAGCGCAACAGGAGAGGUGAUAUCAAGCUUCGGACUUCCAGGCGGGACAAGGACGGCAAAGUCACAGGCCGGAUUGUCAAGCUCUCACUCGCUCAGCUUCAGAUACACAGUCCGUUCGACUCGUAUGAUGUUCGAAUUAGUAUGAAUUUGGAAGUUAAUCUCGACCAGCCGGAUCUCGACACCCUUGACAUCACAGACAAUCCCACACACGACAAACCCGCUCAACCUGACCGGAGGAAGGAUCGUGUCUCUUACAGACAUCUAGCUUGUCAGACAGAUCUCACGCGUGUGGAUACGCCUGGACUGGGACCGAAGUAUGAAUUGGAGUUGGAGCUGGAUGCGAAUGUGCUGCGACAGCAACAGAAGCUUUUGAGUUCAGGGCAGGAGAAUGGGUUCCAGGCUGUGGUGGAGGGUUUCAUGGAUAAUUUGACGCUCUUGAUGAGGCAGCCCAAGCAGUAG